AUGAAAGAAUUUGCAAAGCAGUGUUUAGUUGCAAGUCGAAUCAGUGCCUCAAACCUUGUGGCCAUCAACAGCCUGGCAUUCAAUCCAGAGGCCAUGAUUAACCAAUUUAAUAAAUUAGAGACAUUUAUAACUGAAAACAAAGAACUAAAAGAGGAUCUUUUUGACAUGUUAACCCCAAUAGCUCUACACUUGUAUUCAGAUCUACUUAGCAAUGGCCAGAAGGAAAAAGCCGUCAAAUUUAUAUUGGACAAAAGAAAAUUGUUGAUAGAAGACAAAACGUUUUUGGACAUCAUUGAUGGCUUGAGAGAUCCAACUAAUGACCACAUCAACAACAGCAACAACAACAGCAAUCAUAACAUCAACAGUAUCAACAACAGCAAUAAUAACAUCAACAGCAUUAAUGAGGAAAGUAGCAAGCAAUUCAGUAAAAUAUUUACAGAGUUAAAAGCAAGAAAAUUUCAGCUGGUGCUACCUCGAAAGGCCCACGAGAAACUAACAUUAGGUUUUCUGAAUAAUCAGGACAAUCUCUACAUCCACCAGCUGCUAAACACUUACAUGGAUGUCUCCGUCACUGCGAACGAUGAUGAAGACGAUGAAACAACUGCCACUAUUGCCGACAGAUUGUUAAACGAUGAAGACGAUUGUGACGGUGUGACGUCAACGUCAACAGCAUCAAAAGCUGAUGAGAAGAAAGCUAAGCUAGAUUUACUGAAGAAGCUAUCAGGAAGCAUAAGCACGAUAGCUCCUUGUCUGCCACAAAUCUGCCACAUGCACAUGAAAACCUUCUCUAAAAACCUGACAUGUGCAGCCAUGUCUCCAGACGAGCGUUUCCUAUCAUGUGGCUAUGAGGAUUCACUCGUCAGAGUCGUCAGGAUCGCCCCUAAUGACGACGGCGACGACGACGAUGACGUCAUUGGCACUUCCGCAACGACGACGACUAGCAACAUUAGCAAUAAUGGAAUUCAUAGUAGUGAUCUUUUGCCCCCUCCACUAUCAUCAUCAUCAGCACCAUCAUCAUUAUCAUCGUCGUCGACUUCACUCAAGAAUGAUAUGAUGACGCUAUUUGGUCACUAUGGGGCUGUGCAUGGUGUUGAUUAUUUUCAAAAUGGUUCUGAUUCCGGCGAGAGUUCUAAAUGGCUGUUCAGCUGCUCUGCUGAUAAAACAGUCAGGCUGUGGAACACUGAAGAGAAAAGAAAUGUUGUUGUAUACAAGGGCCACAUGUAUCCUGUCCUAGAUGUAGCAUCCAGACAGAGCUAUAAUAUGCUUGUAAGGUUUGCACAGAUUGCAUUCAAACCAGGUCACCCACCAAGCGAUUACCUCUUCUUUUGCUGUUCGUAUCAUAAAACGAAUCUUCUAACGUUAAUUAACUGGAUUUAUUUCAAUUUGUUAAGCCCCAUAUCAGGCUUCUUUGCGAGUUGCUCGUACGAUCAGACGGCCAAGUGCGUUCGUUUGAUGGUUGGUCACGAAGGACCAUUACAAGCCAUAAAAUUCUCGCCAGAUGGCAAAAUGCUAGCCACAGCUGGUGAUGACCACGUGGUGAAACUAUGGGACCUGGGCACAGGAUCACUCAUCAAGGACUUCCGGGGUCACGGUGACGUCAUUUAUUCCUUGGCGUUCAAUAGAGAUGGGUCGUUAUUGUUUUCCGGCGGUAUGGACAAUUCUUUGAAAAUGUGGGAUGUAUUUGGAAGCAAGAAUCAUGCUACAGCAGCUACUGCCGCUACUACUGCAACGACAACAACUACUACAAUUACCUCAAUGACACAUACCUCAUCGUCGUCAUUGUUGACGUCAUCUUCCCCCUCCUCCCCCUCAUGGUCAGCCCCACUGCUGGCCACGUCCCUACCGAACAACAGUUGCGUCGUACAUAUGAAUUUUAUGAAGCAUAAUUAUUUGAGGCUGCUUACGAAACAGUUUGAUUGACAGCUAUUACGAAACUGCUGUUUGAUUUCUCUUUAGUGUUUCAUUCUUUUUUUCUGUUCUAAUGUAUAUAUACUGUUUCGAGGCUAAAAUAUCAAAUUUUUGUUAUACUGUGAUGUCAUUUUGGCAUUUUUUUUAUAUUGAAUUGUGUAAUAAUGUAAUAAAGAUACUCUGGUAUUAUUUCUUUUUCUGAAGAUUCAAUCGAUGUUCUCAAUGAAUAAAUUUUUCGACUUCUCAAA